GGCGCAGCACCGCCACCACCGCUGCUGUGGGUACAGGAGACCGCGGCUCCGCGCAGGCGGCGCCCGCGCCUCUGCUCCCCAGCCAGCCAGCCAGCGAGCCUGUCCACCGGCCCGGGCAGCCUCCUGCCUCCCGCCGCUGCCGCCGCACAAUCGGUGGCGCCUCUAGCCUUCCAGCUUCUGCCCCUUGCUGCAAAACAGCAAGAGAAGGAAAUCCAGGAGCCAUUCCUGUCAUUGACCAGAUAAGCCCAGCAGGGUUAAUAGACAGACUGAGUUCCCGGGAGAAAGACUGCAGGCACCUGAGGCUAAAGCUCUUGGAACAGCUCUUACCUUAAAGCCGACCUGGAAGACUGAGUCCCAGUUACAAGGUGUUUUGGACACCCGCAAUAUUUGCCUUUUCUUUUCUAGUCAAACCUGAUUCAUGAAAUGGACUGAAGCUGAAAAUUCACCUACUUCUUUGUCUGAAUUUGAGACACAAUUGGGAUGAUCUUAAGUGCAUACAACUAGACUCUACCUGCAGCAAUGAGUUCAGACGAGAAGGGCAUAUCCCCUGCUCACAAAACAUCCACUCCAACCCAUAGAAGUGCCUCCACUUCAUCGUCCUCCCAAAGGGACCGGAGACAGAGUGUCCAUGUACUGGAGAGGACUGCUUCCUCCAGCACCGAACCCUCUGUAAGUCGACAGUUGCUAGAACCGGAACCGGUCCACCUCUCCAAGGAAGCUGACAGCUGGGAAAUUAUAGAAGGGCUGAAAAUAGGCCAAACAAAUGUCCAGAGACCAGACAAACAUGAAGGCUUUAUGCUGAAGAAAAGAAAAUGGCCUUUAAAAGGCUGGCACAAGCGUUUUUUUGUCCUGGAUAAUGGAAUGUUAAAGUAUUCAAAGGCACCACUUGAUAUUCAAAAAGGGAAGGUCCAUGGAAGCAUCGAUGUCGGACUCUCGGUCAUGUCAAUUAAAAAGAAAGCUCGGAGAAUAGACCUUGACACAGAAGAACACAUCUAUCAUUUGAAGGUGAAGUCUCCGGACUGGUUUGAUGCAUGGGUCUCCAAGCUGCGCCAUCAUCGAUUGUAUCGGCAGAAUGAGAUUGUGAGGUCACCGAGAGAUGCUAGUUUUCACAUAUUUCCUUCAACCUCCACAGCUGAAUCCUCACCAGCUGCUAAUGUUUCCGUUGUGGAUGGAAAGGUGCAACCAAAUAGCUGUCCAUGGGAGUCCCCUUUACCCUGCAGCAACAGCCUCCCUGCAACCUGCACGACCGGCCAGAGUAAAGUGGCAGCCUGGUUACAGGACUCGGAAGAAAUGGACAGGUGUGCAGAAGACCUUGCACAUUGCCAGUCAAACCUCGUGGAACUUAGCAAACUCUUGCAAAAUUUGGAAAUACUUCAGAGAACUCAGUCAGCACCUAACUUUACCGACAUGCAGGCUAACUGUGUAGAUAUUUCAAAGAAAGACAAGCGGGGCCCAAGACGAUGGCGAACAAAAAGUGUCAGCAAAGAUACAAAAAUACAACUGCAGGAAGGGCCAUCUGUGAAGGGCCAAUUCAGCGCAACUCGGCGCCGGCAGAGGCUAGCAGCAGCAGUGGCUACAACAGUUCCUUUCAGUGCUACCAUGUCACCAGUUCGCUUGCAUUCCUCCAACCCCAACCUUUGUGCAGAUAUUGAAUUUCAGACUCCCCCUAGCCACCUCACUGACCCUCUGGAAAGUUCAACGGAUUAUACAAAACUUCAAGAAGAAUUUUGUCUAAUUGCACAGAAAGUGCAUUCUCUUUUGAAGUCUGCCUUUAAUAGCAUAGCUAUCGAGAAGGAGAAGCUUAAGCAGAUGGUUUCCGAGCAGGAUCACAACAAAGGCCACAGCACCCAGAUGGCACGGCUCCGACAGUCACUGUCGCAGGCACUCAACCAGAAUGCUGACCUAAGGAGUCGGUUGAGCAGAAUACAUUCAGAAUCUAUUAUUUGUGAUCAGGUUGUCAGCGUAAAUAUUAUUCCUAGCCCUGAUGAGGCCGGUGAGCAAAUCCAUGUCAGUCUCCCCCUGUCACAGCAAGUAGCCAAUGAGAGCCGCCUCUCCAUGUCAGAGUCUGUCUCUGAGUUCUUCGAUGCCCAAGAAGUGCUCCUGUCUGCCAGCUCAUCAGAGAAUGAGGCUUCCGAUGAUGAGUCUUACAUCAGUGAUGUGAGUGAUAAUAUAUCUGAAGACAACACCAGUGUUGCAGACAACAUUUCUCGGCAAAGUAGGCAUCCUUUGAGCUUCUGGGUUCUUAUUGCUGCAUUUGCAGUUUCAGGAUAUUGCUCCACCUAUUUCAGAGCAGGAAGUAAGCCAUUCAACCCUGUCCUUGGGGAGACUUAUGAAUGCAUUCGAGAGGACAAGGGAUUCCGCUUUUUCUCAGAACAGGUUAGCCAUCAUCCACCCAUUUCUGCCUGUCACUGUGAGUCCAAGAAUUUUGUGUUUUGGCAAGAUAUCAGAUGGAAAAACAAAUUCUGGGGAAAGUCAAUGGAAAUCCUGCCUAUUGGAACACUGAAUGUCAUGCUUCCAAAGUAUGGCGAUUGCUAUGUGUGGAAUAAAGUCACCACGUGCAUACACAACAUUCUCAGUGGGAGGAGAUGGAUAGAGCAUUAUGGAGAAGUAACCAUCAGAAAUACCAAAAGCAGUGUUUGCAUUUGCAAACUCACGUUUGUCAAGGUGAAUUAUUGGAAUUCUAAUAUGAAUGAAGUCCAGGGGGUUGUGAUGGAUCAGGAGGGGAAGGUGGUGCGCCGGCUGUUUGGGAAGUGGCAUGAGGGGUUCUACUGUGGAGUGGCCCCGUCUGCGAAAUGCAUCUGGAGACCAGGUUCCCUGCCGACAAACUAUGAGCUCUACUAUGGCUUCACGAGAUUUGCUAUUGAGCUCAAUGAGUUAGAUCCUGUACUAAAAGAUCUCCUCCCACCAACAGAUGCCCGAUUCCGGCCAGAUCAGAGAUUCUUGGAAGAAGGAAAUUUAGAAGCUGCAGCCGCAGAGAAGCAAAGAGUCGAGGAACUCCAGAGGUCUCGAAGACGAUACAUGGAAGAAAACAACCUUGAACACGUACCAAAAUUUUUUAAAAAAGUGAUUGAUGCCAAUCAAAGAGAAGCCUGGGUUUCUAACGACACCUACUGGGAGCUGCGCAAGGACCCUGGGUUUAGCAAAGUAGACAGCCCUGUUCUCUGGUAACCUGGAAAUGUAGAGCUAGCCAGCCUAUCACUCUCUGGAUGAACAAAUAACUAUGCACAAUUAUGUUUCUUAGAGCUCUGCGUGGUUUCUGGGUCGACUGAACAUCGACCAUUUGCUUUUCUAUUCAUCUUUAUAAUGGACUUUCAGAAGUGCAUUAGACAAGGCCCCUAACCACUUUUGGAUUCUUUCUGUUUUGCUGCAACCAUAUUCCUUAACACAAAAAAAAUUCCACACCCUCCUCGAAAAGCAGAAUUAAAGGAGCAGAAUAUACAAUCCAAAGUCUGACAAGUUUGUAAAGAAAAACAAACUGUAAUUGGUGCUUACAGCUGAUCCAGAGAGUUUAAAGCAACAUGAUGUAAACCACAUGUGUGGUCCUUUUUCUGGAAGCACCGUCCCCUCAUCGUAGGAGCUCCUGAACCACUGCAGUUGGUCAGCUCAGACUUCGAGUGUGUCUGUUUGAUGUGGUGUACUCAUGCUGGCCUUGUCAGUAAAGACAUGCUUCUCAGAACCUGUUCCAUCCGUACGCCAUUGUUCAUGCCUUAAGAAAUGCAAAGAUGUAAAAUAAAUCAUUUUUUUAAUGUGUGCUCAUAGGUUUAUGUGGAGGACAGAGUUUUGAAUCAUGGCAUGGUUCACUUCCUGGGAUCAGAACAAUUAUGAGUCAAACUUAAAUGGAUUCACAAAGUAAAUCACACUUGCUUUACUUUGCUAUACUGGUUACUGUAUUGUACAUCUGGAGGGGAAGGAAGAAACAGUGUGCUAGGUAGAUUUCUGUAGUCACAUUGCUCAUCAAGUUCCUGUCCUGCAUCAUCCUGACAAUAAACCAUCCCUCUUCCACCUGACCUCACCGUGUGCCCUAUUAUUUGGUAACAUAUUUGGUAACACCUGUAUUUGAUUUGAACACUUGGCAUCAGUGUUAAAACCUUUGUGGGAAAUAACAAAAAGCAUAUGGGAUUUUGGGGGAGGGCUUUGGAGGACUAGAAACGUAACUAUUUUUGAGUGAAGCACAAUGUAACCCGCAUUUCUAUCCUAUGCCAACCCAUUGGCAUGAAUGGAAUCCCACUGGGAAGAGAAGCAAGCAUGUUAGUAGCUUAUUUUCAUUGUUUAAAUGAGCUCUAUGCAAAAUCAUAUUUUAUAUUUUCAUCACGUAAUGCUGCAUAAUACAUGACCACAUAUUAAGCAUUUACUUUGUUAUUGGCAGAGAUAUAAAACAUAAGCUAAGGAAUUUAUCCAUUCCAACAAAAGGUGGAUGUGGACACAAACGUGUUUACAUAUUUCAGGAUUUGUUUUUGCCUCCAGCAUACAGAGGCGUUUGCAGUAAAUUCACAUCACUGUUCCUGAGUUGCUGCACAUAGAUAGCUAUAUAAAUGUAUGUUAAAAAAAAAAUCUCUCUAGAGAUUUUCCUAAAGAAUUAUAAAAGUUCAUAUAUUUUAUUCUUAGUUAGGUCAGUUCUAGAUUCUUACCAUCAGACAUUAAGUGGUAUUUUCAACUCUGAUAACAGAGUUACUGACAUUGUACAUUCUGUUAUAAGGUGUUGAUUUUAGGGUUAUUUCUCCUCAGCAAAGCAUUCCUAAUAAUGAAUGACUAACCCACUAUCAAAUCAAAACUGCUGAGAGCAGAACGGAAAGCUCUGAAGCUUCCACCAGGUGGAGCAAUAUUUUAGUUAUUCUAAAACUCAUCCCUCCUGUUAGCUGAGUCCCUGCAUUAUGUAUACAGCAUGCACUGGUUUAGAAUGAAAUUUCAUUCUCAAGUAAACUCCCUAAUACAUCACCAGAUUUAAGUGUCCCAUUUAAGCAGCACCCUCCCUAGGUUUCCCAAUGCCUUAAAUUCCAGUUUUAAAUCUAUAGGCGGCGUGCCUCUUGAUAGUAAAAUGUUUCCCUUGUUAUCCAUUCUUUUUCUGCUCAUUCAUCUUGACGUCCUUUUAUCUGCAUCCUGAGAUACAUGCCUCUAAAUUUAAUUAGAAUUUAACUAGAAUAUUAUUGACUUCGUCAUAGAAGUCUAUUCUCCUAUGAUUGGUAAAUCUUUAAAUAUAUCGAAAGUGGCUUUGGUUUGUACUUACUAGCCCGUCCCUGAACAGUCUCACAAAUAUUUCACCUAAAGAUAAGGAAAGAAUUCUGCAAAGUAAAAGUACUGCAAGUAGAGAAAUAGGAAGGUGAGGCAUCAGUUACCAACAGGCAUGCUAUCAGUCAGGCAGCUGGGAGAGGACUCAGGACCCAUCAAGGAAGCAACUAUUGUUUCAGUUAUAAUUGAGAAAAAGAAUAACUAAUACAGAGGACCUUUACUAGAUAAGUUCAAACUACAGAUCAGGUAAGUGUAUGUUGGUCAGAGCUAACCUGAAACUGAUUAGGAUUCCAAGAUGAGAAUGAGAAGAAUGUCAAAUUAAUUAAAAUCACCACAUUUUAUAAUAACCCCAGAUUCAGAAUCUCUGUUGAGAUUCAGACAUCCUGAUUAGACUUCCAAUUCAAGUGAUCAAUCAAAUUUUAGAUAAUACUCCUAUAAUACUUGAAUCACAAAUCUCUCCGUCAAAUAUGCAUAAUGUAAUGGCCUCAUCCUUUAUUUCUUUUUUACUUUUUAUUGAUAUGGUGGUUAGAGAAUUGUGAGACUUACUCUGUUUGGAAUUUUCAUCUUCAAAAUUUAGGGGCUUUUGAGACUAGUUUAAAUAGCAAAAGGAUAGAAUAAACACGUCUUUUUAUUUCAGGACACUUUUCUUAUUUGUUUUUCCCAAACAAUCUAGGAUGGAGGAGACUUAAUAUAUCUUUACACCUCCCCAUAAUUUAUUCCUAACCUCCUUCAUCUCUUUGAGCUGGUCAUUAAGGAAAGCAGUAAUAAGCGAUGAUGGGUCAUGGAUGUGGCUAGAUGGAACAGACCAAUGGCACACACCAGCACACAUAGACACAACCGUAUUCUGCCACCCAGGGUACAAAUUUGCUCUUAGAUUUUGCUGUUAUUUUACUGUUUAUUUUUUUAAUUGUCAGUUUUUAUGGGUUAUUUUUAAAUAUCCCAUAAUCUCCAGGCAAUUCUAAAAAUUAACCUCAUUUGAGAUACCUUCUAAUAUUACAUGUCAAGUAUAUGUGACAUAAACACUACCAAAUGUAUUUGCUGGGUAAGAGAAACCAAAGGGUUUUCAAUACAAGAGAUGCCAAGUUGUUGAUUUUCCAAACCUUUCACGCCUCUUCAUUAUUCUGGCCCCAUGCCCAACAGCAACUCCACUCAACAAUCAUUAGUUCUGCCCCAAGGAGCAUUGGGGGGGGGGACGGGAGUAAAGAGGAAACUGAUAAAAUUGUUGCUUAGUUCUGGUGACCGCUGUGGCCAGAGAAGAGUUUAUGAUCAUAAUCUAAUGUACAUUUUUGUUAUUACCUUGUGGAUUUUAAUUAGCCAUCUUGUCUAAUCUUGUUCUCUGUCAUCCUGGAUGAUGAAGUGUUAGUGAGAGCAGAGCUCAUCACACACCAGGGGGUGUAACAAUGUUUCCACUUGGCUCAAGUUGGUAUAUUAUGAAUGUGGCACAAUAAAUAAAAAGUUUGUGUACAAAAUAUUAGUUUGUUUCUCUGGGAGCCAUUAUGUUCAGGAUAUAUAAAAUAUAUCUAAUUAAACAAUUAUGAAUCUA